ACAAAAGAAACUAAUAAAAUCAAUCUGCACCGUUUCAUAUUUAAUCCAUCUAUUUUCUUAUGCAAAAUCACGGCAUAUAAUAAACUAUAAAUUACAUUUUCCCCAGAAAAGACAAGAGUCACCAUACAAAAUCUCAGGAAUCUUUCGAGGACUUCGCCAAUGAUUUCUCUCAUUGCUUCUGAUACCUCUUUCCGCUUGUUUCCAUGACUUCUCUCUCGUCUUGCCCCAAAAUUGUCUCACAUGACCCACGAGUUCCCUCAAAUGUCCAUGAUCAUUCGCAUAAGUCAAACGUAAUUUUCCGCAAUCUUUCACUUCCGGGACUUGGAUUUCGGAAUUCUCAACAUGGGUCGCACACAAAAAUGAUAAUUUUGAGAAGUUCUAAUCACACUGAAUCUUUGGUUGAUUCUGCUGCUCAAAUAUCUGAUGUUCCAAACUUGUCUUGUUUAGAGGCUAUUGAAAGGCUAAAAACAAACCGAGAAACCCAAAAGGCCAAGCAGCAAUUCUUGGCCAUGUACUCUAGUGUUUUUGGUGGAAUAACUACAGAUCCAGCAGCUAUGGUGAUCCCCAUUGAUGACCACAUGGUCCACAGAGGGCAUGGUGUUUUCGAUACUGCAGCCAUCAUGGAUGGAUACCUCUACGAGUUGGACGAACACCUUGACCGAAUUUUAAGGUCUGCAUCAAUGGCCAAAAUUAAACUCCCAUUUAAUCGGGAAAAAAUAAGAAGAAUACUUAUACAAACUGUCCGUGCUUCCAAGUGUAGAAAAGGAUCACUGAGAUACUGGCUCUCAGUAGGACCUGGCGAUUUCCAACUAUCCCCAUCUGGCUGCCACCAACCAGCUCUUUAUGCUGUUGUAAUCCAAGAUCAAUCACCAUUUGAUUCAAAGGGCAUCCAAGUAAUAACCUCAUCAGUCCCAAUAAAACCUCCUCAAUUUGCUACCAUGAAAAGUGUGAAUUACCUCCCAAAUGUGCUUUCAAAGAUGGAGGCGGAAGAAAAUGGUGCAUAUGCAGCUAUUUGGCUGGAUAGCGAUGGAUUCGUUGCUGAAGGGCCUAACAUGAAUGUGGCGUUUGUUACAAAGCAGAAGGAACUUAUCAUGCCUAAUUUUGACUAUAUUCUAAGUGGGUGCACAGCUAAGAGAGUUUUGACUCUUGCGGCAGAACUGGUUAGGGAGGGCAAGCUUCGGGAAAUCAAAGUAAGAAAUGUGACUGUUGAGGAAGGGAAGAAAGCUGAUGAGAUGAUGCUUAUUGGCAGUGGAGUUCUCGUUCGGCCUGUCGUGCAGUGGGAUGAGCAGGUCAUUGGUGAUGGCAAAGAAGGUCCUGUGGCUCUCGGUCUCUUGAAUCUCGUUAUUGAGGACAUGAAAUCCGGUCCCCCUACAGUUCGUGUUCCUGUUCCUUACUAAGCUUGCUUAAUUCCUUCUCUUGAUGUUGCGUGACAGAGCUUUUAUUAGAGAAUUACUCUGUCAUGGUUGUGAGCUUGUGAGAUGUGGAGUUCUGUCCUUCAACCUUUACUGCAAAUUCUACCAUCCUUUGUGACAAAUAAGUUCAUUACAUUCUUGACAUAUUUGAUUAUAGCUUUUCUACUGAAAGCAGGCAAUGUCAGGUUUGAUGAUAGCUUUUCUAUUUGGUCUUGUAUUAAAGACAUAAUAACAGUGAGCUUCAGUUGUGCUUAGAAGCAAUGUAAAAUAUAAGGUUUUCAA